AUGGGUAGUUGCAAUUUUAAAUCUGAAGAGCCCGAUACAACAGUUUCGAUUUCAAAGACUCAUUUUCAGUUUCAAUACGUCAUUGGCAAAGGUGGCUUUGGAAAAGUCUGGAGGGUGGAAUUAAAAAGAACUCGAGAAAUCUUUGCAAUGAAAGAAAUGGCAAAAGCCAGAAUCCUUGCCAAAAAAAGCGUGAAUUCAGUUUUAAAUGAGCGAAGACUUUUGUCGAUGCUGAAACAUCCUUUUAUAGUGAACAUGAAAUAUGCAUUUCAAGAUCGGGAUAAUCUGUAUCUCAUUUUAUAGCCAAAUUAGAAUUAGCGACAUAUAUAGUAUAUUAAAAAUAGAAAAAUAUGGAAAUAGAAUUAUUAUGGGGCAAAUACAUAUAAAUUUGAAAGGAGUAUUUGGUGAUGGACUUAUUAACUGGUGGAGACUUAAGAUUUCAGCUAGGAAAACAUAAAAAAUUUACUGAGGAGCAAACGAAGUUUUUUGUAGCAUGCAUUAUCAUUGGGCUGGAAUUUUUGCACACCAACGGUGUGCUGCAUAGAGAUAUCAAACCAGAAAAUUUAGUACUGGAUAAUAGAGGAUAUGUGAGGAUAACGGACUUCGGAAUUGCAAGAGUCUGAAAUCCUGACAAUGCAAAAGAUACCAGCGGAACUCCAGGGUAUAUGGCUCCUGAAGUCAUGUGCAGGCAAAAUCAUGGGGUUGCAGCUGAUUAUUUUGCUGUUGGGAUUAUUGCUUAUGAAUUCAUGUGCGGCAGAAGGCCAUAUCUAGGAAAAUCUAGGAAAGAAAUAAGAGAUCAGAUAUUAGCAAGGCAGGUAUAAAAUAGAAGCUAAAUUCAAGCUUCUGCCAAUACCAAUCCUCUAUUUUUUAAUAAAAUAAGGCCAAAAAAUAUUUGCAAUUAUGUUAAGUAAUAAGAAACCGUAUACAAAUAAAAAGAAACGAAAUUCCAGAAGACUGGAGUGUUGAGGCAGCUGAUUUUAUUAAUAAAGUAACUGAUAUAUAGCUUGUGCAAAGAAAGCCCACAAAUAGACUAUAGGGCUUUUCCUUGAAUAGCCUGAUAACGGGCUGGCUUCAUCCCGUUAUCGGGCUAUUCAAGGAAAAGCCCUAUAGGACUUAACGGCCCUACUGAAGUAAAAGAGCAUCCUUGAUUCAAGGACUUCGAAUGGGCAAAGCUUGCAGCUCGUUCUUUGGUUUCUCCAUUUAUACCAAACCAAAGCGAUGAAAACUUUGAUAUGAGACUUCAGCUUUCUGAUGAUCCAUGGAAGGAUGCAGAUAGCGAAGCUCUCCAACAAAGCGCGACUUUGCUUAAUUCAAACACUGCACAAAAUUUAUUUGCUGGGUAUUUUUUUGAUAUCAAUCAAAAUAGCCAGACAGAUAAUUUAUCAACUAAAUAA